GAUAUCAUAACAAGAAUGCAGGAUGACAAAACAGGUGGAGUGCCCAUUCGCACGGUCAAGAGCUUUCUGUCGAAAAUCCCUAGUGUUGUCACAGGAGCUGACAUAGUACAGUGGCUUAUGAAGAAUCUCAGUAUUGAAGAUCUAGCUGAAUCAAUACAUAUGGGAAGUCUCAUUGCAGCACAAGGAUAUAUUUUUCCAAUUUCCGAUCACGUGCUGACUUUAAAGGAUGAUGGGACUUUUUAUCGGUUUCAAGCUCCAUACUUCUGGCCAUCAAAUUGUUGGGAACCAGAAAACACGGACUAUGCCAUCUAUCUUUGCAAGAGGACCAUGCAGAAUAAAGCUAGACUGGAACUGGCAGAUUAUGAAGCAGAGAACUUAGCAAGGCUUCAGAGAGCUUUUGCCAGAAAGUGGGAAUUCAUCUUUAUGCAAGCUGAAGCACAAGUCAAAAUUGACAGAAAAAAGGAUAAGACAGAAAGGAAGAUUCUGGAUAGUCAAGAAAGAGCUUUCUGGGAUGUUCAUAGGCCAGUGCCGGGUUGUGUGAAUACCACAGAGAUGGACAUCAGAAAAUGUCGGCGAAUGAAGAAUCCACAGAGGGUCAAAAAGUCAGUUUAUGGAGUUACAGAAGACAGUCAGUCCCAAAGUCCUGCACAUAUACCUUCCCAGCCAAUUCGCAAAACAACAAAAGAUGAUGUCCGAAAGCAAAUAUCAUUUCUGAACGUUCAGAUAGACAGGCAUUGUUUAAAAAUGUCUAAAGUAGCGGAAAGUUUAAUUGCUUAUUCAGAGCAGUACACUGAUUAUGAUCCCUUUAUAACUCCUGCGGAACCUUCCAAUCCCUGGAUAAAUGAUGACAGUGUGUUUUGGGACUUGGAAACAAGCAAAGAGCCUUCGCAGCAUCGGGUCAAGAGAUGGGGCUUCUCUAUAGAUGAGGUGUUGAAAGAUCCUGUGGGGCGUGACCAGUUUCUUCGAUUUUUGGAAUCAGAAUUCAGUUCUGAAAACCUCAGGUUUUGGCUGGCUGUCCAGGAUCUCAAAAAACAAACGCUGCAAGAUGUCGCGACCCGAGUAGAAGACAUCUGGCAGGAGUUCCUUGCUCCCGGGGCCCAGAGUGCCAUCAACCUGGACUCUCACAGCUAUGAAAUAACAAGCCAAAACGUCAAAGACCCCGGGAGGUACACAUAUGAAGAUGCACAGGAACAUAUUUACAAGCUGAUGAAGAGUGACAGCUAUGCACGUUUCCUCCGUUCCAAUGCUUACCAAGACUUGUUGCUGGCAAAGAAGAAGCCCGAGAACGAGCAAGCUCGUAGAACUUCUCUAGAAAAGUUCACUCGCAGUAUGGUAAGUUCAUUUGUUUUUGGUUAUGUUCGUUCCUCUUCCCUCUUCUGUUUAGCGUUUACUUUUACUUUGGAAACUUUUUUUUAG